GGUCGCACGGCGGUGAGACGAGGAACCGCGAAGUUGCUGCCCUGAGGGUUUUGACAAGAUGGCGGCCGCGGGGCCGCCGCUGACAUGGGAUAUUCCACCAAAAAAUGGCCAAGAAGUAUUUUUCUCCCAUGAACUUUAUGAAAAAUAUUCCUUGUCUCUGAGCCUCUCUGAACUCUGGCACUUAUCAAACAGAGAGGCAAAGAAAAAUGUGGAGGCAUUGGCAAACUCUUCAGAUAACAGACAGGCUUGUAGCAUGCAGGCUGCAGAGUCACUUGAGGGGGAGGCUAAAAGCUCAGCUGAUGAGCAUCCUCUCCCAGAUCCCAGACUCCCCUAUCCAUUUACCUCUUGUUUGACUGAGAAGGAGCAGAAGAUGUACUUGUAUCUGAUGACUAAGUUCUCAAAAAUAAGAAACCAUUUCCAAGUUAAUGAAGCAAGCCAAAGGGAAUUUUUCACAUAUAUGCAAAUGAAAGAAGUAGUAAACAAUGAAAUUGCAGAAUUUAUGAAAUUUGCCCAAAACGCUGCAAAGAGCUGCGCCCAAGAUUAUGAUGCCAUCUCUGAAGAUGCCCUGCGUUACACUGAGGAAUUGCUACAUGCAUGUAUUGGACAUGUGCAGAAGUAUCCAGAGUUUUACACCCUGCAGGAGAUCAUGAGUAUCAUGGGAGGAAAGUUUCAUACACAGCUGACCUUUAGGCUGGAAAAAAGUCUUCUUGCAAUGGGUACAGCAAGACGUGGUAAAACAGAUUUCUCUUCCAUGCCUGUUCAGCUGCCCACUGAUUAUAGCACUGUUACAUCUGUUAUAACCCCAGAAAAAAAGGCUCAUGUUAUGCAUAAUGAUAUUAGUUCAGAUUCAAAUGCAGAAAAACUUGCUUUGAAAUAUUGUCCUCAAGUUGUUUUAAGUAAUCAGUCAUUAUUUACUUUACUGAAUAAUCAUGGACUGAACUACAAGGAACAGUGGGAAAUUCCAGUUUGUGUUAAAAUGAUCACUGUUGCAGGUAACAAACCAGCUAAAGUGGUUUAUGUUGAUCCACCUCUACUGAGAAAAGAAAUGACAGUACGAGAGAGGAAUCAAAUGUUCCAUGAAGUUCCAAUGGAUUUCCUAGCAACUAAAACAUCUUAUGUUCCAAUUUCUGAUGUAUCAAUGGACAAACCAACUGAGGACAACAUGUUUCAGUGGGAUGUGUGUUCUGACACCUACCAGUGCAGGACAGUUCCUCCUCCAGAUGACACAGGGAUGGACUUCGAUGAUGAUGUUACAGAGCUUGAAACUUUUGGAGCAGCGACCAAGCUCUCAAGAGCUUGUAAAAUGGAAACUACCUUUCCUGCAGCUACUAACACUGCUAAAAUUUUAUCUCAUGGCCUAAAAACGGAGGGGAAGAAUUCAUCUGCCAUAAGCAGAGGAGAUGAAGAAGAGAAAAACACCCUUUCUGAGCAAGAAGGUUCAGCAUGUGCCAGCAUGCAGCUUCCAUCAUUAGAUGGCAUUCCACGCUUCAACCCUCAGGAACAUUCUCCAUGUAAAAGCUUUCAGUCAGUAGAGGUAGGACUGAACAAAGCACUGGAUGUCGUUUCUAAGGAAGUAUUGGACAAUGAAACAAAAUUAAAUCCUUUGUCUGUUGCAGUGAGUUCUGAGAAAGAGCCUGAUGCUGCACAGAAAAAAGAGACUUACACUUCUUUAUGUGAUAGUGACACGGAUGAAGAGCGCUUGGUGAUUGAUUCAGAAUGUGAAACCACGGCUUCUUGUGAACCAGCUGUACCAACUGCUGUUUCUUCUACCUCAGCAGAGACUGCCAGAGCUCCUUGCCCCAUCCAGAGUCCUUUAGCAAGCAUCACUGACUGCUCAAAUACUAUGGAUCCGGGGAAAAAAGCCUCCAAGAAACCUCCAAGAAAGUUAUCCAAAGAAUUGGAUCCUGUCGGGCAAAUUUUGAAAAUGCAAACUGAACUUCUCAAGUCCCCUUCCCAAAAAGCUCAUGAGCCAGUGAUGAGCUGUGAUAAUUCUAAUGCUGUGCCAGCCCAGCUGCCUCAGUCUCCAAAAACAUUGGUGACCUCCAGCACAGAAACUGUGCCAGCCCCAGCCUCCAAUCCCCCUGGCUCCUCUAGAAAUACCUGGACGUGGCUUUUCAAGGGAGUGCCAAAGACAAAGCUGCCAAGUGAACUUCAGCUGCUUGAGGAAGACCCUUCAGAGUAUCAAGCACCUGAGGAAGGCAAUGUUGUGUACAAGCUCUUCAGUUUGAAUGAUCUGUUGUUACUCGUGCGUUGCAGUGUGCAGAAAGUCAAGUCACUGACACAAUACCAGAAAAAGAAAAAAGCCCAAAAGCCAACUCCCAUAUUCCUGUUGCCAAAAGUAGAGUACCAAGCCUACUACGGUGUUGAAGCUCUUACAGAAAGUGAAGUGUGCCAGCUGUGGACACAGAGUAUGCUGCAUUCUAAAUGCUUAUUUUAUAUUGGACAUAUUGAUGCUUUUACAUCAAAGCUUAUUAUGCUAGAAAAGAUUUCUCCAGCAACUUUAAGAGAAAAACUUGGAUUGAUUAAACCUGCAAAUUCAUUAAAUAUACUUCAUCAUGUUUUGAAGAAGGUGUCUGAUUUGGAGGAGGGCUCUUAUUUAUUGACUCACGCUGCAGGAGAUUCAUCUGUUGCAAUUUACAAGAGUUCUCUUGACAAGAGCACGAGAUCAUCCUAUAACUUGCACAAAGCUCACUGUGAUCUGCCUGCUGUACCUGCCACUCUCUCAGUCCCAUGGGUUCCCCUGGAUCCCAGCCUCCCUUUGCCCUACCACAUAAUUCAUGGAAGAGUUCCGUGCACCUUUCCACCUGCACCCCGGGAAGGGUGGAAACAGAAGAUGGCUGGGGUGAAAGGACAGUCGGACACACCCCAUGAGGGAAGGCCAGUAGCUAUGGAAACAAAAGGCAAGCCAGCUAAGCCUGUUAGAAAUGAAGGUGUGGCUCCAAAGAAGCUGAGGAAGAAUUUCUGCAAGCAAAGUAAAGUGAAGAAAAAGUGGAAAACUAAAUUCAACAAAAUGCAACUGAAGUAGGAAUAAGCCUGAAGAAGAACAAGAGGACACAAAAAAUCUGAGGUUUCCUGCAGCUUCAGAGGAGCCAGAGCAAGCUGGCAGGGGAAAUGGCUCCAGUAGCUGAAGCAUUCUCUAAACCUUUAACCCUUUGGUACCUCAGGGAACAUGUUUCAAGUGAAAAUCUCAAAAUCAGAGGAAAAAAGCAUGUGGCUGCAGCCACUUGGCUGGUUAUGGGGAGCAGAGUAUCUUCUGGUGGUCUGGUGAUUUUUAUAGAAAAGCUGCAUCUUGAACAGUGAAGCAGUGGCUGACAACAACCUCUAACACCAUGUAAUGAGAAAAAUAGCUUUUCAGCUUUCCCAGUUCUUCCAGAUUCACUACAGAUUUUUGUUCUCACAUAUUUUAAAGAUAUAUUUUACUUCAUGCAUUGUGUAUAGGAGGAACAACUUGGAUUUAAUUACCUAGCUUUUUUGACAUAUGGUGUCUACUGACUUUUAAAUAACUCACAAAAAUACAUUUUUAGAAUGGUGUAACAAAUGAAGGACAAAAGCUGUGUUUAUUUGAAUAGUAAGGGCCAUAAAUUUGCAUUGGAAAACUUAAAAGUACAGCUAAAGAAGUGAAACAAUAACAGGAGAGCUACAUUUUUGCAUGUUUAAACUGCUGUCACAAAAAGCAGAGGUCUUAAAGGUGUUCUUCCAAGUCUUUUGUUUGGACUGAGGAAGUUACCAAGUACACACAUCUGAUCAAGCAUUCUUCUGCUCACUGGGACUUGACAGGACGUGUUUUAAUGUCAUGAGGGUAAAAAUAAAAAAAAAAUUGUUUACUGGAGUAUACCUGCUAAAAAAUCCUGAAGGUAGGGAUUUUUUUUAAAUCAGGCUUCAAUAAUGAAUGUAUAUUAAAAACUUCUUUGUGAAAUACAAAACAUUUUCUGAUGUGGCUUUUUUUCCAAUUGUUAGAUGUAUUUAUUCAGUUAUUCAGUUUAUUUGUUUUUUGGACCACUGCUUGUUUUAUCUGCAGUAUUAAGCCAUUGAUAAGCUGAACUUGUGUUUGCAAUUUACAAAUAGUUCUGAUUCAAAAUUCUAAAUGCCCUUAGAGACUUCUCAUAAUAGGAAUACUUUAGCUGUGAGUCAUUUUUCCCAGAUAACUGACUCUGGGGGAUUCAAGGCACUUUUCAGUUUGUAUAUAUAAAACUUUUUGCCAGACUUGUAUGGAAUUUGGUUUCCCAAUGCAGUUUCAUGAGAUAGAAAUGUAUGGUCUGUUUGUUCUUCUGUCUCCAUGCCUCUUACCUUACACUGGUAUAUUACUAAUUAUACUGUACUAAUUGUAGAACUGCAAUGGAGCAGCCUGUGCUGCUGCUUGGCAUUGUUGUAUUGUGGGUGCAGGGCUUCAUCUCUGCUAAGGCUCCUGCAAUCCUUGUUGGCCUGGUCGUGCAGGCUGUCCAGGUCUCUGUGGAGAGUGGCUUAUCUGUCCCCUCUACCUCCCUCUUCUGCCUAUUUGGUGUCAUCUGCAAACUCAAGGAAAAUUGAUUUGGUCACAUUAUCCAGCUGACACAAAAAUACUGAGUAGUGCCAGACCCCAAGAAGCUCUGUCCAUGAACAGCUCUCCUGGUUCAGCUUUGAGCUACAAACCACCAGAAAUGGAGGAAGGUCUCUGAGAAGAAGUGUUCCUUGCUCUGUGAGAUCACUGAUGGAUAUCUGGUUCUCCCCAUUCACUGGUGUUCAUUAGAAGAUGAAAUCGGUGGCUUUGUAUUGUGUUCAGACAGUUUGAAGUUUUGGAGGACUGGAGAUGUGGUGACCUAGCAUUUGAGGUGAUUGGGUGGCCUGUAUGCAAAACCAUGGAACUUUAUCAGCUCUUUGUUACUGUGAGUAGGUUAUUGGCUGUGAAAUCUGACUUUUCCUUAUUUCUGUAGAUGUCAUUUGCACUAUGCUUCCAUUCUAAUAUUUGACUGGCUAAAUCUCUUCACCUUUUCUGUCUGGCUGCAAACACUUUCAGGAAUACAAUAGAAGCUGUCUAUGUAAAAUAUAUCAGGAAAGAUUUGCUGCAUUUUUUCUCUUCUAAUGUAGUCUAGCAGCUGGAAGCAUAGAGAACUGGGACCAAGUGACCAGUCAUCCAUUCUGGUGCUGGAAGGUGGGAAAUGCCAGCAGCAAGGGACUCUGCCCACCUCCAUGCUGUGAAGUUCAGUAGCAGUUAUUGAGCCAUUUGAAGAGGUAUUUCUUUUGCCUCUGAUUUGUUUGCCCUGUGUUUUAAAUAGCAGCGUGUUACCAAAAGAAUAUAGAAGUCUGGUCAGGUGUAGUCUUUCAAAAUGCUUAGUACUGACCUGCAUUUAAGCUUGCUUCUAGUUCUGCUGGUAGAAGUUGCACCAUUUUCAGUCUCUCCCCUGCUGAAGUCUGCAUAUCUUUCUCAGAUGCUUCUCUGAGAACUUAUAUAACUAAGCUCUUUCUUAAUGAAAUUUGUCCUUUCCUAUAGUGUGGGUAUAGUCCUUCCCAGAAACACUGUCAUUGCUUGGUAUGUUAAAUUUCUCUGUCCUAAAAAUAUAUUCACCUAUUUUUUUUUUUUAGUUGCUCUUAAAAUAUAUUUUUCUACAGAGAUUCUUAAACUUUAUUUGCAAGUUCAAAUUCUAUUCCCGUAUAUCCAAAUCAUUGCACUAAAAUGUUUUCAAAAAUAUAUUGCUGUAUUAUACAUCUCAAAUGAAAUUUCCUUCUCAAUGCCAGAAAAUCCCUUUGAUGGCCAGGUGACAGUCUGUUUAAGCAUAAAGCAUUUGAAUUAUGCCCUGCUUAGCCAUUCUGAGCCUUAUGAAGGUCUGUAGCUAAAUCUCAGGCUGCUCUUACUCAUGGCAGUGUCUAUAGGGUGAGCUAAUCCCCAUCUUGCUGUAGGACUGAGGAGAUACUGUGAUAUACCUUGCUGAGGGAUUUUUUGUUGGUUUUAUUGAAUAAAAUAUACUGCCAAUUUUUAAAUUGUGGAAUAAUUUAGUGUAAUGAUUAUUAAAUAGUAGCACUCCUAGUGCAGCCUUCAGGGCAUUUCUCAGUCUUGAUGCUUCUGCUUAACAGUGAGUGAAAAAAAAGGCCUGAAAGCCCCAUUCUUCCCCAAGACAGCAUGGCAGCUUUGUCUGACAUGUAACAGUAGAGGUAGUAGAGAAAACAGUCUUGUUAUUGUUUGUGAUUAAAAUGUUUCAAUAAAUAUUAGAAGAACAGUGUCACUUUAAAAUCAGUAUUAAUAAAACAUAAGGUAGCUGUAACUGUGGGGAAGAGAGGGGCUGUUACAGACCCUAGUGACAUCUUUGAUUCUUGAAAUGAAAUACAGCAGCCACAUCCUUCUGAGUAUUCACAGCAUGUUUUUACAAGUGUGCAUUUCCUAUUUUUGAUAGCCCUAAUAGAGGAAAAGUAUUUCUUUAUUUUUUGAAAUGGGCAAUAUCCUUGUUGAGAGGAGCCAGAAGGAAAAGGAUCCUGGUGUUGACCAAAGCUAUAAAAUCUAA